AUGGUAGGAAUCACAGCAGAACAAAAAGAAAAGAACAAACAAUAUGUCCUUGACCAUUUGGAAGAGUAUGUAAUUGAUAGUCAUGAUGUUUUAACCAACGUUGCUCCUGACACAGAAGGGGAUGAAUGGUUUUUUUACUUUGGCAAAGAUAAAAAUUACGAACAAGAUAAACGAGAAAACUUAACCAGUAAUAGUGAUAAUCAACAAUCCCCUCCAAAUCCAGUUCCAGAACAACCCCAAAACCCAGCCCAACAAGAGCCAGUGUCCCCAAAUCAAAAUAAAUCCCCUUCCGAAAAUAAUCCUUCUCCAACUCCCAAACAAGUAGUCCCAAAAAAACAAACCAAUGACCCCUCCCCCAAUCAAGACCAACCAGCAGAUAAUAACCCCAAACAAAACCCCAACAAUUUUCUCCCUUCCAAUACCGACAUCCAAAACAAUUAUAAUUCAGAUAAAGACAAAUCAACCAUUGACAAUAACCCUACUUUAACCACCCCCGAACAAAAAGUCCAAGCCCAGGAAUUAUUAAAACUAAUCAUCACCGCGGAAUUAUUAGUUAAAGAGCGGAAAUUCAAUCCCGAAACUUUAUCUCAACUAAAAAAAGAAAAAGAGCAGAAUACUCUGGCUUAUCAACUCUUAAAUCAAGAAGGAAGAAUAGAGCAAGCAAUCAGUCAAUUACAAAGUAUUCAAAAAAAAUUAAAGAAUAAGGAUAAAAAAGUGGGUAAUCAUCAACCAUCUACUCUUUCUCUAUCUACCAAGUUAUUAAUUGGUGGUGGAGUAAUUGUGUUAAUAGUCUUUGCCCUUCUAAUAUCAAGAAGUGAAAUUUCUCCCCCGAUAAGUGGUAAAAAAAAAAGCCUCUUGUUGACUGGUAAAAAUGAGUAUGAAAAAUUGGACCGAGAAUUAAAAGAAUAUCAGGAGUUAAGUCAAGAAGUAAGUAAGGAGGAGCAAGGUUUUCUCCUAGUUGAGAUUAAAAAUUUGGAAGAAAAAAAAGAGGAAUUAAUUAAUAAAAUUAAAGAACAAAUAAUUGAAGAAGAAGGAAACA